AUGAGAAAUUCAACAUGUCUUCUUCAGCCAUCACUAGCUACUACUGUAGCUCUACCAGUCAUCUACUCUUGCCUAUUUCCUGCUGGAAGUUUUGGAAAUAUUCUUGCUGCCUGGAUAUUUUCAAGGCAAGCACACAUAAAAAGAACACAAUACAUUUACCUGGCAAACCUCGUCACUGCAAAUUUACUUAUAUGUAGCACAAUGCCAUUUCUGGCUGCCUAUUUUGCAAGAGGGUACCAAUGGACUUACGACUGUGUAGCAUGCAGAAUAGCAAAUCACCUUGGAACUCUUAUUAUGCACGUCAGUAUGUAUGUUACGAUUAUAAUUUUAUGUUCAAUUGCUCUAAGUCAGUAUGCAACACUGAAGAAAAACAGUGAUGUACAAUACUCUCAAGCAGUUAAUGAAAACUUCUAUAGGUGUGUACUUGCAAAGUUUCGUCAGCCAAAAUUUGCUAAAUAUUUGUGCAUCGUUAUAUGGCUUAUUGUGCUCUGCAUAACAAUAAUAGCUAUAAUACAUAACAUCCAGGCAAGGACUAAGGAAGAAUUUCACAGAUGCUACAACAUCAGGGUAGAAGCUGGUGAAUUUGCUGCAAUGAUUGCAGCUUUUGUUGCCACUUCAUGUUUUUUUGUAUCUUUUAUGACAGUGGUGUUGUCAUACUAUUCUCUUACCAGACAUCUGAAUAAAAUACAGAAAAAUACAUGUAUUGGAGAAAAACACCUAAUUUACAGUACCGUGAAAAGGAACAUUUUUGUCAUCCAGAUGAUACUAACUGUCUGCUUUCUUCCAUAUCAUAUUUUUAGGCCAAUUUUUUAUGUUCUGCUUACAAAUAAUGACUGCCCAAGGUUAAGCUAUUUAGUGGAAAUUAAGAAUUUCCUUACUUGUCUUGCUGCUGCAAAGAGCAGUUUAGAUCCAGUUAUAACCCUUCUGUUAGAUAAAACAUUUAAGAAAAGUCUCUAUGGCCUGUUUACAAAAGCCACGCCACCGGAACACCGCAAACGUAAAACUGGUAUUUUCACUGAAGAGACUCUUGAAAUGUGA